AUGGUCACCAAUUCCCCGCCCACCAUCUCACUUUCUGGCGUCGGCGACACCAAGGUGCAGACGGCCCUGCUGGCGGUUCGCUCCGGCUCGUUGUUCUCCACCAAUUCCAUCUGGAACGACGACGCGCUCCACAACCACUCGCCUGACCGCUCGAUCUCCAGCGGGGGAGGCACGUUGGACCUCUUCCCGGACCUGUCGCAUGCCGGCCUACCCUCGUCCAAGCCGAGCUCGAACCGCUCCCACACGACCUCCGGGCUGACGUUUGCCCCUACUGUCCUGAAGGCGGACGCCUUCCGGCCCAACUUCUCCCCAUUCUUGCAUUCAUCCCACGAUGACCCGAUGUCGUUCAUCGACACGUUUGACCUUAAUUCCAACGAGCUGCCCGCACAGGGGACUCGCAACCGCUCACAAACAUACUCCGGCGUGUACCCGAAGAUCUCCUAUUCGGCCUCGCCCAGCGUGGUUGCGGGGCCUCUCUUGCAGGCCUCACAGAGCGCGUCUCAAAACAUGCCUUCUUACCCUAAUCAAAACAUGCCUUCCUACCCUAAUCGAAACAUGCAUCAUAGCCUGCAGCCAAGCCAGCCCUCCGAGCCGUCUGGGCCUGGGGCCCAUGCCAACGCCGAGCCUUUCUUGGAGGACGACUUCAACUUCUUCGACUUGCUGAUCACCACAAACUUUGAAAACCCCAGUUUGGGCCCAACCAAUACGCUACUCCUCGACAAUGUCCCGCAGUUUCUUGACGCGUCGAAGCUUUACCGGCUUCUCAGUCAACCAACAGGAAUGACUUCUGGCUUCCACAAUCGCGGCGUUCUCAGCGUGCAAGUGGCUCUGACAAGCAACUCCAAAAUGGCCUUGAUCAUAUGCCCUUCUAUCGAGGUGGCGAUGAAUCUCAAGGCCAAUUUCAAUCAUCUAGAGAUUGUUCCAGGAGCUAUUCUCUAUGUCGCCUUCGCCAAAGUGUCGGAUAGACCGAAAGCAUCUAGCUCGCAUCCUGCCCCUUCGUCAACGAAUCCAUAUGGUGACUCAAACAACUUUCACAUGGGCAUGUGUAAAGCUGCGACUAAAGAUCGUGGUGAACCGGACGUUCGAAACAACGCAAUUAAAAGCCCUCCAGAUGUGGAGUUCUCGUCAAUCGUGGAUUCUAUCCUAGCAACAUGUGUGCAUAUUGCCGGACCCUUCCCAAUUGAUUUCAAAAAAGUCUCUUCAAUCAUAAGCAACGCAGUAAAGUAUCCGAAGUCGGAAUACAAGACUAGCUUUGGUUCUCUUCCUGACUCUGGCGCUGCGCGCCAGAUGGAUGCUCCCAAAAUCAGGGAGUUGCGCAAAUCCUUAGAGGCAAACGAAAAGGCCUUGCAAAGUUCCCAAAGCCCCGAGGCCGACAAUGAGACCUCGGUGAUGUCUCAGGCUGAGCUCGAAUCUCUUGCCACUGAGAUGUUGGACGAAUUGCCAGAAUUGUGCUACGAUCAUAUUGGGAACACGGUUGUGCAAAAGAUAUUCACCGUUCUUGAAUCCACGGAAAUCAGAUUGCAAAUGGUGAAACGUAUCCUUCCUUAUCUAGCACUCUUGGGAACUCAUAAAAAUGGAACAUGGGCGAUUCAGAAAAUAAUCAAUUCGUCCCAAGGCGAACCCGAGCAGAAAAUUUUGAUUGCGGAGAGCAUUCGUCCUUUUGCAGUGAAACUCUUCAAUGAUCAAUUUGGCAACUAUGUUCUACAAUGUUGUCUCAAAUUCGAGUCUCCUUACAAUGACUUUAUUUUCGAGACGAUCUGUACCAAUUUUAUGGAAAUCAGUUCGGGAAGAUUUGGAGUGCGCUGCAUUAGAACAAUCUUGGAGACGUUGAAUGACAGCAAGUGUCCUGCGAAGAAUGUCGUCACUCAUGAACAGUUGGUGUUGGUGUCGAGUCUCAUAGUGGAGCAUGCGAAUGAAUUGGUUGUGAGUAGCAAUGGUUCGCUUUUGAUCACAUGGUUCCUAGAAACGUUUCGUGGUUUCAGUAACCAGAAGCCCGAUAUACGGGCCGGCAUUCUCUGCGAAAAGUUCUUACCUCAUUUGGACAAACUAUGCACCCACAAAUUAGCCAAUGUGACCAUCUUCAAGCUUUUGAACAGCAAGAGUGAUCCUACUACCAGACAAAGGAUCAUGGAUGCCAUCUUUGCCCCCUAUGUCGAAUGUGAGCACAAUGAAGGGAAACCACCUACCAAAUUGUUGGAGCACAUUUUGCGCGAAAGCAACGAAAACAAUGCUGGUCCGAUGUUUUUGCAAAAAGUACUCUCAUACACAUCCCUUUUUGUUCUUGAAGAUGGGAACGAAGAUCCUAAGUAUCACCAAUUUGCUACAAGUCAAGUUAAAAGAGUUCUUCUCGAGAUGCAUAUCGCUAAUGUUCAGCCGUAUAAGAAACUAAUGGAUGAAGUGGGUCUCUCCAAUGGCCGGCUCAGCAGAACUAGCUCGAGCAACAGGAAGUCUAAACGAGGACACGGAAACAUGCGCAAUGGCCAAACCCAUUCGCCCUAUCGUAACGGUGUUCUGGUUUAUUCUCAGAUGGCUCAAGCCUCUAACAUGGGGGCUCCAGUCGGGUAUGGAGGAAUCCCGAAUGAGAAUCAACCAGGCUAUCCACCUUAUGGCGCACUGUAUGGAAUCAACUCGAUUUCAAACAAUGAUUCUGGUCGCGGCUUCGAUACCCUGUAUUUUGGUGUGGGCACCGGUGCUCCGUAUGGCCCACCAGAGACUCAAUUCAAUCAAGAUGCACAUGUAAUGAGACAACUUGAACAAUUAUCUCUUCAGUCGGCUGCCAUGGGAUAUGCCUCCAACCCUGGAACUCCUGUUGCGGGUAGGAGCAGCCAAGAUCAAAGCCUGUUUUUCUAA